CGUUCUCUCCAUCAUGGGUCGUCGGCGGACCCUCGCUAACAUCAACUCCCCGGAUUGGGGUAUCCGGAUGCAGGCUGAGAGGCAGGCUGUCAACUUUGUGGUCCAAGGUUCUGCUGCUGACCUCUGUAAGAUGGCCAUGAUCCGAAUCUUCAACCUGGUGUCCUCUUCCAGCUCGCUCUCCGCCAGGCUGGUAGCACAGCUCCACGAUGAGCUUCUGUACGAAGUGGAGGAAUCCCAGGUGGAACAGUUUGCAGGUCUGGUGAAGAGCACCAUGGAGUCCCUGCAGCACAUCGACCAUCUAGGAGUCCAUCUUAAGGUCCCCCUGAAGGUGGCAGUCUCCAGUGGAAAGUCGUGGGGAUCCAUGUCUGAGCUCAUCAUCCCUCCCUCUGCUUCUCUUUGAGACCCCCAACCUCCUUUUUACUCCCUUAAUGCUUCUAUCACCACUCUGCCUUAAACAAAAAAAGAUAUACUUUUCUUGCACUGCUCCCUGCCCCUCUUGUUACAUUUGCCUGCCUCUCUUCGUCUCUCUCCUAAUCUUUUUUGCUUGUCCUGCACCCACAUCGCUAUGGAAACCAGGCAGCUGCAGCUCUUUCCUGCUCCCAGUUCUUGCUUUCACUCUAUCCGUAUCCGGGGGCAACGGUAGGAGACUGGAUUGCUCUCCUCCAUCCUCCAUCCUGUUUUCACACUCUCUUAUUCAGCCCGACGCUUGUUGCCAAGGUGAAUACCUACGUUUGAGAGUGCCUGAUAUUUAUUAGUUCAUCAAAUGGUUAUUAAUAUAAUGUUUAAUAGUGUACUGUGUUCUAUACUGUGAAAACGUCCUUGUAUUUAUUUGUGUAAUGCUUUCUAA